AUGUCUACGCGUGCAACGCCCUCCGAAUAUGCCAGCUGGCUAGCCCACGGCAGUGGUAGUCUGGUGAAGGCCUUGAACUGGAAGUUUGCUUGGGCGGGCAGGGAAGUCCUACCACCUUCUCUGGCGCAGACUCUCCGCGAACUCGAGCUUCCCGAACUUAAGCUUUACAACUCAUACGGGCCAGCAGAGACUAUCACCUGCACCAAAGCCGAAGUUCGACUGGCAGAAAACAACUCUGCCAGUAGCGAUGAUGGGAAUCCCAAUGAUGCCGACGACAGCAGAAACGAUAGUCACAGUAGCGAGGCAGCGGUGAUACCUGCAGGCUUUCUUUUGCCGGGCGACUCCGUCUUCAUCGUGGACCAUAAUCUUGACCUCUUGCCUCAGGGUGCAGCGGGCCAAAUUGUCAUCGAUGGCCCAAGUGUUGCUGCCGGUCGCGUCGUCUACCGAACAGGUGACGUGGGCCGGCUACAGAGUGACGGGAGCCUCGUUUUCAUAGGCCGCGUGGCCGGAGACAUCAUGAUCAAGAUGCGUGGUAUGCGGGUCGAUCUCCAGGAGACUGAAAUGCCACCAUCGCAGCGGCUGAGGACGCGCUUCGUAAGGCUGUGGUGUCUCUGGGAGAGCCAUCUUCUGGUUGCUCACGCUCAGUUCGUCCGCAAUGAUUUCUAUCCUGGUGGGGCCACACAGAAGGCAUUCCUACGGCAGCUGCGUUUCAUUUUAUCUCUGCCUCUUUACCUGGUCCCGGCUCUCUUCGUGCCUUUCGAGCAGAUGCCGACGGACGCUCACGGCAAGACGGAUCGGAACGCCUCCAAUCUCACCCUACCCCGGGUGGCUAGUGACGUGGCCGAGCUGAAAAAGUGCUCACAUUCGCUUGGCGGUAUUGUUUCGUUGAUUGACCUGGCAGCCAAGAUCGAGACUUCUGCAGUGGCGGCUUCCGACGUGGUUGAUUGGGAAGAGAAGACCCAUUUGCAGAAAGAAUACUUCGAAGACCUUCUAACUCACACCAACAAUCUGUUGCAUCCGUACCAUCAAGCAAUACUCAAUACUAAUCCUGUCACCGACGAUGAGAAGAAGACAGACAGCAAGGUGGCCGAAGAGGAGCUCAUUGAGAUCAGGCUCGAUUCGGGAGAUCUUUUAGAGACACAUCUUGGCCUCUCCGAUCUUUCUUUCUCAUCACCAUGGACAUGA